CACUGAUCACGGAAACAGCUGAAGAUCUGUUACGCUGACAGCUCAAGAGGAGAGGAGAGCCGGUAAUCAGCUUUCUCUGCGGGGACAUGUACACUGAUCAUUGGGGCACUGAUGAUCAGUGUGCCCUUAUGAUCAGUGUAGCCCCAGCAGUGCCACAUGUCAGUGUCCAUCAGUGCCUUGUGUCAGUGCUCAUCAGUGCCUCGUGCCAGUGCCCAUCAAUGCCACAUAUCAGUGCCCAUCUGAGCUGCCUUUCAGUGUCACCCAUCAGUGCCACCUAUCAAUGGCAAUCAGUGCCACCUAUAAGUGCUGCCAAUCAGUGCCACCUAUCAGUGCCACUGAUCAGUGCCUGUCAGUGCCGCCUAUCAGUGCCAGUCAGU